AUGACGAAAAGCUUCGUUUUUCCUAAGCUUCUCAGUCUAUGGGAUCACUGAGCUAACACACAGAACUCAGCCACUGGGAUACAAAUAACCUGAGGAUUUGUGCCAACACAGUUAAUACUUGUAAUGUAUAUUCGCAUUAAUGACGCCUAUUAAGAGGUUUCUUCCUGAUGGAGUCCAAGGAUAUUCUGAGAAUAUCCUGUAGCUCUGAGGAUUAUUUAACUCCAAUGGUAAGGCGUCAAAUUCAAAGGAUUACUGUCACCAGCUGUGUCUUGGUGCAACAGCGCCCCUCACUGGACUAAAUUGUUGACUACAGAAUUUGUGGGAUUUCAAGUUGAAAUCAGAGCCAUGGGUGACUCCAUGUAUUCAGACUUAAUUGCCAGGCACUACAACUUCACAGGGAAGCUCCGGAAAGUUGAGCAGGAUUCCGGGCUUAAAGCAGACUCUGUGAUUUUCAUUAUUGUUUGCUGCUUCAUUAUUCUUGAGAAUGUCUUGGUCCUACUUACCAUUUGGAGGACCAAGAAGUUCCACAAGCCCAUGUACUACUUCAUUGGGAACCUAGCCCUGUCAGACUUGCUGGCUGGAGUGGUGUACACGGCCAACAUCUUGCUGUCAGGCGCCAACACCUACAAACUGACCCCCAUGCAGUGGUUCUUCCGGGAAGGGAGCAUGUUCGUGGCCCUGGCGGCCUCAGUCUUCAGCCUGCUGGCCAUUGCCAUCGAGCGCCACCUCACCAUGCUGAAGAUGAAGCUGCACAACAACGGCAACACGUGCCGCGUCUUCAUGCUCAUCAGCACCGUGUGGCUGAUUGCGGCCAUCUUGGGCGGCCUGCCCAUCAUGGGCUGGAACUGCAUCCGGAGCAUGCCCAGCUGCUCCACAGUGCUGCCGCUCUACCACAAGACCUACAUCCUGUUCUGCACUACCGUGUUCAGCGUCAUUCUCAUGGCCAUCGUGGUGCUGUACGCGCGCAUCUACGCCCUGGUCCGCACGCGCAGCCGCAAGCUGGUGUUCCGCAAGGUGUCCAAUGGCCGCAGCGGUGCCGGCGCCGGCAGCAAGAGCUCGGAGAAGUCCAUGGCCCUGCUGAAGACCGUGAUCAUCGUGCUGAGCUGCUUCAUCGCCUGCUGGGCGCCGCUCUUCAUCCUCCUACUGCUGGACGUGGCCUGCGAGAUCCGCCUGUGCCCCAUCCUCUACAAGGCCGAGUGGUUCCUGGCCCUGGCCGUGCUCAAUUCUGCCAUGAACCCGCUCAUCUACACGCUCACCAGCAACGAGAUGCGCCGCGCCUUCCUGAAAACGCUCCUGUGCUGCAACGUGUGCGCCCGGCCCACCGGCAAGUUCUCCCGGCCCAUCAUGGGAGCCGAGUUCAGCCGAAGCAAGUCCGAUAACUCGUCCCACCCUAACAAGGACGACCCGGAGUACUCGCCGCGGGAGAACAUCGUGUCCUCUGGGAAUAUCACCUCCUCCUCCUGAAGGACUCUCCGGAGCAUUAAGUGAGCAGUAGCUUGAACGCUCGUGCCUCGAUCACACCCGCAGCCUGUUUGGGUUUUGGCACAACCGGAGGUACAUCCAUUCCCACUCUCCCGGUGUUCUAUGUGGUGCAUACACUGGACUCGUCCACUGUGAGGAUUUCGCUGUCCCCUUAGGAUAGCUUGGCAGACAUGGUCGCAAAGGGAACUUUUGUUGCACACAUCCAGAUGCACAAGGAUGAUGUAGGUGUGAUUGAGGCGUCAGGGAACGAGGACGUAUAAAUGUGUGUACAUUGUGUAUAUAUGUAUGUUGUAAAAGUGGGGUGUGUUUGUAUGUGGUUUUGUUGCCCUGUGGUUGUGUUUAUGGAAAGUGUGUAAGUUCCCUCUUCAGUUUGCCUCAAAGACAAGAGUGUUUGUCUUUGAGGCAAUUGGAAUUACUCCGAAAAAAAAGGGUUAAACUGGAAGAAAGUGGGUCUCUCUGGACAUCCAGUUGCCCAUGCCAGACAGUAGAAAUCUGCAGUGAUGCAGUUUGGUUCCUCCACUCCUCACAACUUGAGGCCUGUGAGCACUGAACUGAAUAUUUUCACAUUUAAAAGACAAUGUCAUGUGGAAGCACUUACACUACAGCACCCAAACCAUAAACCUGACUUUUCAGUAUUAUGAAUUCAACCACAUUCUUUUUCAGAUUGAGAGGAAGCCUUUUCAGACAAAGGUAUUUUUGUUAUUAGUAAAGCACUUGUUGUGCAAGUGCUAAUUAAGAACCAUCAACAAAUUAUAGGUGUUUACUGAUUCUCUAAGGCGUUGAUGAAUGUGUGACAAUAGUUUGUAGCACUUAUUGUUAUUAUUGAAAUAUUUAAGAAAUAUCAUUAAUGAAGUGCUGUAUUUCUUUCUACUUAACUCUGAAGGCAACUACAAUGUCAGUUCCAGCCCACAAUUGAGAAUGUAUGUUGUACUUUUCAUUUUUUUUAUUUCACUCUUAUUGGAAAAAAGUUAUCUCUGUAGCAAUGCAAUGUAGUUGCAAUAAUAAUUUAUAUUCAAAACAGUGAAACGGUGUUAUUUCUUCUUUUUGAUGUGUGAAAAAUGCCAAGAACAUUCUGUUUUAGGCCCUUCAUUGAAGUUAUUGUUAGCUCCAGCCUUUCAAUGUGCGCAUGUUUGCCUGUCCCCUUGAAACAUCCUUUCUUGUGAAACCUAGCAGGCCUGUGGAGUAGGGAUGGAUAUGAAGCACCAAUAGAUGAAAACUGACAUAAACAGACAAACAGCACUAAUCCCUCCCAACCCCUAUGAAUGUUCUAUAAUGAAAUAAGGGAAUAUAGAUCUUACAGUGGACACAUCAAUUAGACCACUGGAAUGGUGCUAUGGACCCCUGGAUUUGUUCCGUUAAUAAACAUAUGUUGUUUAGGACUGUUCAACACCCACAGCACUUGAAUGGCAGUGCAACAGCUCUUAAUGGGGGUCAAUUGAUCACAUUUUGCCAAACUCCCCAAUUUAAAGUUUGCACAAGUUUUGGUUUGUAUUUUGGUUAGCUGUUAAUAUGUUAAUAAAAAUAGCAUUUUUUGAA